AUGCACGAACGCAAGACUUCAAACAAAACCACCAACAAGACAACCAAGACUGCUGCCGAGACACAGAACACAACACAGACUCCAUCACAAAGCCAGAUCGACAAAGUAGAAGCUAUUUUAGCUCAAUAUGACAAGAGUCAUCAACUUUUGAAUUCCAUGAUUGGUCUCGGAGAUGAAAUCAUCACCCUCGGAUCGAACACGUCAAGCAAACUGAAACAGCAAACAGAGAGAAUCCAUCAUACCCAGAAAGAUAUUGACCAAUCACAUGCUCGUGUGAAGAAAUUGUAA